CACCAGUCGCCGUUAAACCAGCCGGGCAAGAGGUAGCUACCGCGGGGCUGCCCAGACGGCGAGAGGGGCCAUGGCGACCUACGUGCAGCUGAGCACCGGCGCGAAGAUGCCCCUCCUGGGGCUGGGCACCUGGAAGUCUCCAGCUGGAAAAGUAACAGCUGCAGUGAUGGCUGCCAUCGAUGCUGGGUACCGCCACUUGGACUGUGCCUACGUGUACCAGAACGAGAGUGAAGUUGGGGAUGGGAUCCAGCAGAAAAUCAAGGAAGGUGUUGUGAAACGGGAGGACCUCUUCAUCGUCAGUAAGCUGUGGUGUACAUUUUAUGACAAGCCUCUGGUGAAGGGAGCCUGCCAGAAGACUCUUGCUGCCCUGAAACUGGAUUACCUGGAUCUCUACCUCAUGCACUGGCCCCUUGGGUUCAAGGCAGGAGAGGAGCUGUUUCCCAAAGAUGACAAAGGUAUGUCGAUACCCAACACCACUGACGUUCUACAGACAUGGGAGGCCAUGGAAGAGCUGGUGGAUGCUGGUCUGGUAAAAGCCAUUGGCAUCUCCAACUUCAACCAUAAGCAGAUUGAAAGAAUCUUGAACAAGCCAGGGCUGAAGCACAAGCCUGCCAAUAACCAGGUCGAAUGUCACCCAUACCUCACCCAGGAGAAGCUGAUCAAGUACUGUCAAUCCAAAGGGAUUGCUGUGACAGCAUACUGUCCCCUUGGCUCUCCUGACAGACCAUGGGCUAAGCCAGAGGAUCCUUCCCUUCUGGAUGACCCCAAGAUCAAAGAGAUUGCAGCCAAGCACAACAAAACCCCAGCACAGGUUCUCCUUCGCUUCCAGAUCCAGAGAAACGUGAUUGCAAUUCCCAAGUCUGUCACUCCCCAGCGCAUUGUGGAGAACUUCAAGGUGUUUGACUUUGCAUUGACUGAGGAGGAAAUGGCAACCAUUCUCAGCUUCAACAGAAACUGGAGGAUCUGUGCCAUGAGCAUGUGCAAAACUCACAAGGAGUACCCUUUCCACGCAGAAUACUGA